AUGGCGUCCUUCCCCCAACUCACCCUCUACCGCGCCAACGGCAGCUGCGCCUUCAUCCCGCACUCAGUGCUCCGCGAGCUCGGCAUCCCCUUCACGGCCGUGCGUAUGACGAUGGGGGCGGGCGGGCUGUGGGAAGCGGCCGACGGGACGCUGUCGCACGCCGAGUACCGGCGGACGGUCAACGCGCUGGGCGUGAUCCCGUCCCUCAAGGUCGAGGAAGCCGACGGCGCCGUCGCCGUCAUCACCGAGAUGCCCGCCGUGCUCACGUACAUCGCGAGCCUGGCACCGACGGCGGGCGACGCCCAGCAUAUCGCCGGCAAGACGGCCGUCGCGCGCGCCCUCGCCGUCUCGUGGCUGGCCUUUCUCUCGGGCCAGCUGCACGGCCGGGGCUACGGCGCCCUGUGGCGCCCGCGCCGCUACGUCGACGGCGCGCGCUACCCCGACGCCGAGAAGCUCGUCAUUGCCGGCAGUCGUGUUUCUAUCGCGGAAUGCUAUGCCCUGAUCGAGGGGCGCCUGCCCGCUGCCGACGCCGGCUUCGCCCUCGGCACGCUCGAGACCCAGCCCUCGCUCGUCGACUUUAAUGUCUAUCUCUUCUACCGCUGGGGCGUCGAGAACGGCUUCGCCAUGGACACCUACCCCAGGUACACGCGCCUGGCGCGCGCGAUGGAGACGAGGGGGAGCGUCAAGAAGGCGAUUGAGGUUGAGGAGCUGGAUUUCAAGUUUCCUGUGUAAUUGGGGAUUCGGGGAAGGGAUGGCCGCGGGUGCUGAUAGAUAUGCCUUCCUAAAAUUUAAGAGAACAUUUCUAUCCACUGUCAAACCGUUGCCGUGCACUGUAAGUACAUCAGCGCUAGGUGUUCGUGGUACUCAAACUACGUAGGGAUCCUACAGGUCGAAGGGUUGGUAGAUCUACCGGGGGUAAUGUUGUGUCUAUUCUCUCUCUCUCUCUCUCCGGAACUAAGGUAGGUUCUGCGUGCGACCGGGGUUUUUGUGUGUGUGUGAGAGGUCCGCGCGCCGCACGUGCCUACUUGCACGUGCGUACUCGCGCGAUCUCUGCUUCCUCCCUGCUAGUGUGC